AUGGAUACGGAAGGGAGCCAGAGCAGCUUGUCGUCCGCGGACUCCCCCCACGACCCCUGCAAAAUGUUCAUCGGCGGCCUCAGUUGGCAGACGACACAAGAGGGGUUGAAGGAGUACUUCUGUAAGUUUGGCGAGGUGAAGGAGUGUAUGGUGAUGCGGGAUCCGGUUACAAAGCGGUCGAGGGGCUUCGGUUUUGUAACUUAUGUAGACCAAGCUGGUGUGGAUAAAGUUUUGGCGCAGACCAGGCAUGAACUGGACUCUAAAACGAUUGAUCCUAAGGUGGCAUUCCCUCGCAGAGCUCAGCCCAAGCUGGUGACUCGAACGAAGAAAAUCUUUGUCGGGGGCCUAUCAGUGAACACCACCAUUGAGGAUGUGAAGCAAUACUUUGACCAGUUCGGCAAGGUUGAUGAUGCCAUGCUCAUGUUUGACAAAACAACCAAUAGACACAGAGGCUUUGGCUUUGUGACAUUUGAGAAUGAGGACGUGGUGGAGAAGGUGUGUGAGAUCCACUUCCAUGAGAUCAACAACAAAAUGGUGGAGUGCAAGAAGGCCCAGCCCAAGGAAGUGAUGUCGCCAACAGGCUCUGCGAGGGGGCGCUCCCGGGUCAUGCCUUAUGGCAUGGACGCCUUCAUGCUGGGGAUCGGCAUGCUGGGUUACCCAGGGUUCCAAGCGGCCACCUACGCCAGUCGAGGGUACACUGGCAUCACCCCCGGAUACACCUACCAGUUCCCCGAAUUCCAUUUAGAGAGGACCCCCCUACUGCCAUCAUCCCACCCCCCCGAGAUCACAGCCAUUCCUCUGACGGCCUACGGACCAAUGGCAGCGGCUGCAGCGGCGGCUGCAGUGGUUAGAGGUUCCACCCCAUCUCGCACCGCCGGGUUCCUGGGCACCAGCAGCCCUGGGCCAAUGGCAGAUCUGUAUGCAGCAGCCAAUCAGGACUCAGCGGUCAGCAGCUACAUCAGUGCAGCAAGUCCUGCUCCCAGCACCGGAUUCGGUCAUGGCCUUGGGGGUCCACUGAUUGCCACAGCAUUCACUAAUGGCUACCACUGACAAGGCUUUCAGUACAGAUUGUCCGUGGGGAAGGAGCCAACUCUGCCAUGAGUCAGUCAAAUUACUGCGUGUCUCUACGGUACAAUCCGAUUGGCUGCGGCAGCUCUAACUUGACCUCUGGCGUAUCCAUUCUUGAUUUGACCUGCCAGUGGAGGAUCCUUUUUUCCUGUUUCAUGUACUAACAUCACUUCCUGUCUGACAUCCCUCCUUCUUGUCCUAACCCUUGUGUAGCUUUAUUUUUAACAGGCUCUUGCAGCAGGCCACCAUUUUCUAUAGCU